AACCCCAACAAAACCCACAUCAAACCUGUUUACCGCCGCUGUGAAAAAACCCCAAUUUUCUAGGGCUAAGGCAACUCGACGUUGAUGUUGGCGAUUUCGGGCGACGGCAGCAGUUUCAAUCGACAGCGGCGAUUGGGUGUUAGGUGAUGACAGUGGAAUUCAAUCUUAUUCUAUUUUGAUUACCGGCGGUUCGAUUUCGAGUGACGGCGAGGGUUCAAUUUCAGCUUAUAUUCUGAAAUAUAGUAAAUUUUGUGUACUAGAAAGGCUUGUGGUGUUCUAAAUGGAUCUUGCUCCUUUCAAGCUGGACAUUGAUGAGCUUUUGGAUGAUUUUGCGAAGGAAGAGUUAAUGACAUUGGCAGACAUGAAGAAGUUGUGGGCCGCUAAGAAGUUUUCCUAUAUCUACGAAGCUAGGCCUAGGUCCAAGUCGGCAUUCUUUAUGCAAUCCCUAUUUGCCCAUGCCAUAGGUCAUAUGGUUUCUGAAGCUGCUCUAUCACGAAGAUUGGGCGGGCUCUACUGCCUCUACUGUCUUUAUGAGACACAGCCAUACAAGCCUGCCUUCAAGAUUUAUUUGUCUCUUAGAGAGCUGAAGAGGCUCAAAACCCUUGUUAUUGAUGCAAAACAAAGUAAUAUAGGAGUCGUAACAGCUCUCGUGAAAAGAAUGCUCGACAAGAAUAUGUUUCUAUUUGGCUUUGUUGAUAUUGCUGGGGGUUCUAUCACACAGAGUGUGGAGGAAAUCACAAAGUUACAGAACAGACGUGUUCAAAUUGCAUAUGAAAAAUUAUUGUCAAAUACUAGAAUUGAGGAGUUUCUACAUAUGGACCUUGAUACAGAACUUGAUCUGGAAGCACUGAAGAAAAUGUCGGCAGAGUAUGCAGAAGCAAAGGAAUCAGCUAUCAGAGAAGCUAGUGAAACUGUAAAUGUCGAGGAUAUCAAACACAUUGCGGAAAAUAAGAAACUUGUAGGCAACAUGGUAGAGGACAUAGUGAAAGAAUGGGAUGUGCAGAAGGAAGAGUUCUAUAAACAAACAGGCAUCAGUAGCCAAAAAGAGAUGGUGCCUGUUGAUGAAUUCGAAGAGUUGGAACAACUUCUGAAUGAAUGAACUUGCUGGCAUUUUAUGUCCGCGGGAUGAACAGGUAUUACUGUAUAAAUUUAUUUUUUGGGGUUGUGGAUCGGUAUAGGUAUGAACAGAUGUUGAUGAGGCGCUUGGUUCUGAUAUGUGUCAUCAUUUACACCCUUAAUCAUGUACAUUUCUUCUAUUUAUGAAUCUGAGAAAAUUAUGUCUUAUGCUUUUUGAA